AUGUCGCGACUGGUGUGGUUAGUGUUGGUGCUCCAGGCUGCGUGCGCGCAGGAAUAUGCCAGAGAAGGAUUCAUUGAUAGACUUAGCAGUGGAAUGAAAUUCGCUACGGAUUUACUUGGAACCGAAUCCGUAGCCCAGAAGGUUGCCGAAUUCGUCGUGAAAGCUUUCCAGAUAACGAACAAGCCUUUUCCACACAAGCGCCCACCUUUGGAUACUCUAGAAGAGUCUAGCGAAGAGAGCUUCGCAAGCGAAAAGCGACCUAACUACAAUGUGGAAGAGGCUGCAAACCCUAUGUCACCGCUGAAGUACUUAGUGAGGCUCUUUGGACUGCAGCCAGGCCAGAUCAGCGCAGUGGCCGUGAAUGCUUUGGUCUUCGUUGCGCAAAUGAUAUCGACGUUCUUAGCUGGGAGCAGGCGCCCUAAUAGACCAUAUCGAUCCGAUGAUCCGAUCGAAUGGGUCCUUAACAAGAGAUCUAGCAGACUCCAGGAACUCAUCUUCAGAGCUAAAAAUGAGUCUUUAUUCAACGACAUAGAGGGCAUAAUCGAGGAGCAAGGUUCAAGCGAAGAAACCAGCUGCAUAAGACUGCUGGUUUGUAAAGUAACUCCGUUCGUGUAUAAGAUGCAAGAAGUCGUAUUUGGCAAGGAGGGGAGGGAUGUGAAAUCGGGGAAAUUUCGCGGCGCGGCGACAAUGUACCGCCAUCUACCGUCGGCGGAUGAAAUCAAAGAGCGGAGCGACAUCUGUGAACGAAAGCAUAGAGACUGUGAUCUAAAUCAAUAG